GGCUUAAGCAACGCGGGAACUGGCGGUUCGGUUACUUUUGUUUCAGCGGGGAGGCUAAACGACUCGAAAGACCUAGCUAUAUUUUUACUGUUUAAUGUCGUGGUCCCCUAAUGUAUUUCCGCUGCAAAUUGUUUGUGGUGGGUAAUUUUGCCCGCGCUACUCUACGAGUUUGGUUUUAGAAGUUGUCACAGCCAUUGUGUUUUAGCUGAUAAUACGGCAGGCGGAAGGGACCUGGCCGCAAGAAACUGGGGCAGUGUGUCUAGGACUGUCUGGGAUUGCCAUGGAGUCUUUUCAGAAAGUGGAAAAGAUUGGUGAGGGGACGUAUGGGGUGGUGUACAAGGCAAAAAAUAAACUCACCGGAGAAACGGUUGCCCUCAAGAAAAUCAGACUGGAUACCGAAACUGAAGGAGUUCCCAGUACUGCCAUCAGAGAGAUCUCCCUACUAAAGGAACUCAGCCAUCCCAACAUCGUCAAGCUGCGUGAUGUCAUCCACACAGAGAAUAAACUGUAUCUGGUGUUUGAGUUCCUUCAUCAAGAUCUGAAGAAGUUCAUGGACUCUUCCUCGGUCACUGGCAUUUCCCUCCCACUGGUCAAGAGCUAUCUGUUCCAGCUGCUGCAGGGGCUGGCCUUCUGCCACUCCCACCGGGUGCUGCACCGUGACCUCAAGCCCCAGAACCUGCUCAUCAACGCCCAGGGUGAGAUCAAGCUGGCCGACUUUGGGCUGGCCAGGGCCUUCGGGGUGCCUGUCCGUACCUACACCCAUGAGGUGGUGACUCUAUGGUACCGAGCUCCAGAAAUCCUUCUGGGCUGUAAAUACUACUCCACAGCUGUUGACAUCUGGAGUUUGGGGUGCAUUUUUGCAGAAAUGAUCACCCGGCGGGCGCUGUUCCCGGGGGACUCCGAGAUCGAUCAGCUCUUCCGGAUCUUCCGCACCCUGGGGACGCCCGACGAGGCCGUGUGGCCGGGCGUCACCUCUAUGCCGGAUUACAAGCCCUCCUUCCCAAAGUGGGCGAGGCAGGAGCUGUCCAAGGUGGUGCCCCCUCUGGACGAGGAUGGGCGGGAGCUCCUGUCGCAAAUGCUGAACUAUGACCCCAACAAGAGGAUUUCGGCCAAGAAUGCCCUCGUCCACCGGUUCUUCCGCGAUGUCACCAUGCCUGUGCCACACCUGCGGCUCUGAGAGACUGGGAGAAACUGCGCUGAUUUUUGGGAAGACACCGAGGAUCACCCUCCCCCAGCCUGGCCAAUAGCCUCGUUAAUAAAACAGUCCUCUAUGGGGCUGGGCCUACCUCUGGAGUCCAACGGACCACGUAUCGUGCCUUGUUUUAUAUACAGACAUCUCCUGUAGCUACCAGACCGUGUCCUUUUUGUAUGCUAAUUAUUUUUGUUUUAUAUAUGAUGCGUCCUUCACAAUGUAUGUUCAUGAGAAACGUCACCUUGUAAUACAAGUUUCAACAUUCCACUUUUCAACCUCAACAGCAAAUUAUUUUGGAAGGGCAUUGCUUUUCUGGGUAGUGGGAAGGGGAAGGGUGAUUGGAGUCCACUUUUCUGGAAAUGUACAAAAAAUGUUUUAUUCUGUAAUCGGGUGGACAAAACUGCAGUUUGGAGAAAAAAAAGUGUAAUAAACGAGGUCGUAUUUUGGGGGAGUUUGCUUGGCGUGAAGUCGCCCAGACAGUAUCUCGAGGUUGAACCACAUUCAGGCCCACUGUACCCAACAAAGGCAGCCUCACUUUGCCUUGGUGUCCAUCACUGUGAGACCAAAUAAAUAAAAAUAGUAUUUAUUUUUUUGUUUUGUUUUAAUGAGGGUUUUUGGUGAAAAUUGUCUUGUUAUAGAUGGUUUUGUUUGUGAUUGUAGAUUUUAGCCAUUUUUAUGCAUGUUUGGUGAUUUAUUCAUAAACAUUUGUUCUCAUA